AUGAAGCCCCGCGAAUUCAAUUUGCAGUUCAUGAAGGAAGCAAACUAAAACCUAGAGAUCAAUCAGAUGCACCACACAAUCAACGGCCCUACUUUUAAUGGAACUCCUCUGGGAGGUAAAAGUACCAAAUUCAAUAAAAAUAGUCUGCAAGUCGUAGGCAGCUCAACUAUGUAGAAUUUUAAAAUUGGCAAUAGGUACUCGCCCUCAAAGUACAACACUGGGUAUGCAUUUCCAGGCACGAUGAGUACUGUGCCACCAGCUAGGCAGAUACCAUCGUAUGAAAAGAUUAGCAAUUCUACCACAUCGUAUCUGCUGAGGCACUAGGGGGAGAACUAAAGUUAAACUUCGUUCAUUAUAUCCUAUAAAUAGCAUCUGAAGUUGCCUUAACAGGCUCUAGAAACCGAAGACACUGAUCAAUUUAACUAUCUGAACGAGAAGUUAAUGAAUUAGAUAAAGUAAAGAUCUUAGAGUCAGAUUGAAAAUGAUCAGGCUUCAUACAGUAUGUAAAACUAGUACUCCUAGUUAUUAAACUAGAAAAAUUAAUAUAAGUUGCAUCAAAAGGUGUUAUCGCCAUAGCACACACAUACUAAUUCCAAAGUUCACUUGCCAAACAUAAUGAACUACAACAGUGGAGUGGACCAGAUAAAUAUUAAUGGAAUAGGGCAGAAUUUCAACACAGUGAGGCAUCUAAAUAACAACAAUCAUCAUUUAGCAACAAAUCAUUUUAUCUAGACCAAAUAAAUAAAAAAGAUAUAGCCAUCAGGUAUGAAAUAAAAGCAGCCCUCGAAUGGCCGGAUCCCAGUCAAAACAAUGUACAUUUCACCUCAGAUGCGAUCAAUGAUGAGAAACAUUAGUCCAAGUGUUUUGGCAAAUUCGACUGAGUCAUUUUUCAAUGAGACUUAGGACUCUAAAUAAGACAUUACAAAGGGUCCAAGAGUGAAGCCUUCAUAACCAAAAGAUGACAAUCAGAAUAUAACUGAAACUCAGAGGAAGUAAAUAGUGCAACAACUGAUACUUAAGCAAUACUCCAAUGAGAACGAUGAUAAUGAAUAGGGAACAGAUGAAUAUGAGACACCCUAGGUAGAAAGAAAUUCAGUAGUCGAUCAUACUCAAAAAGGUUCAUACGAUAUGGAAUAAAUGCUCUUUAAAAAUGAUAAGUUGAGUUUCUAACAGCCUAUCAGCAAGUAUUAAACUUCCGAGAACUUCUUUAAAAGUGUCAGUCCCUAAAGAGAGGUAAAUGAAGAGAUUAUUGAUAAGAAUAAUGUUAAGAAAGGCACCUCAAUACUAAGCAAUCUCUACAGAAUUGAUGAUCGAGCUAUUAAGUUUAAGCAGGCUAAGAAUGAGUUGUUGAAAAUUACAAAUACAUACUUGUCGAGGCAUUUUACAAAGCAGACUAAUUCUAGAGACAUGAUAAGAACAAUCGAAGAAAAUGAUUGGAAGUUCAAAAAGAGAGCUAAGAAGUUAGGCCUAGAGAUUGACUCAGAUCACUCUGAGGAAAAGUAUGUCUAUCAAGGCCAGUGA